UGGCAAUGUUGAUCAAGGACCUUGACCUGUAUAGCCCGCGGCUUUAAACCGGAAAGGCCAACUUCUACCAAGAGAAGUUGUCUACUGCAUGCUUAAAAUAUCCUAUUUGCAAAGGCUCAAUAUGUCUAAGAAGGUGAUUCAAGAAGCUGCUCGUGAAUUUGUCUGCUUUGUGAACAAGGGACCCUCUCCGUACCAUGUUGUUGACGAGUGUAAGAGUCGGCUACUGUCUGCCGGGUUCACUGAGCUCAGGGAGAGAGACAGUUGGAGUAUUGAUCCCUUGGGAAAGUAUUUUGUGAUCAACAACUUCUCCACGAUUAUUGCUUUUGCUGUGGGGGGCAAGUUCAAGCCUGGCAACGGGUUCUCCAUUGUUGGGGCUCACACAGACAGCCCUUGCCUCAAGGUGAAGCCUCGUAGCUGUCGUACCAAGUACGGGUACGUGGGUGUGGGGGUGCAGUGCUACGGAGGGGGGAUAUGGCACACCUGGUUCGACAGAGACCUCAAACUCGCCGGAAGGGCCAUGGUCAAGAAAGAUGGUGGUCUGGUUCAUCGCCUGGUCCACAUUGACGAGCCCAUUCUGCGAGUGCCCAACAUCUGCAUCCACCUUCAGAGGGACCACAAUGACAAGUUUGGACCUAACAAGGAAACCCACAUUAUCCCAGUGCUGGCCACCACUGCACAGGAGAAGUUGGAGGGCAUUCCCAGUGGGGCUGCAAAGGGAGCACUGUGCUCUCAUCACCCUCCGAUGCUCCAGUGGUUGCUAAGCAACCAGCUGAACUGUAAGCCAGACGAUAUCCUGGACUUUGAACUCUUCCUUGCUGACCACCAGCCUGCUACUCUCGGUGGAGCUUUGAAGGAGUUCAUCUUUGCCCCUCGUAUUGACAACCUCAUGAACUGCUACACUGGCCUACAGGGUUUGGUUCAAUCCAUGGACUCUCUGCCUGACGACAAGAACGUCAGGAUGCUCUGUCUCUAUGACAACGAGGAGGUUGGUUCGACGAGCACACAGGGAGCUCAGUCCUCCAUCACUGAGUGGAUACUCAGGAGAAUCAGUGCAGGGGGUUCCCCUGUGGCUUUCGAGGAGGCCAUACCAAAGUCCCUGGUGGUCAGUGCUGACCAGGCACACGCCAUACACCCCAACUACCCGGAAAAGCACGAGGUCAAUCAUCAACCAAUGCUUCACGAGGGUGUUGUGCUCAAGUUCAACGCCAACCAACGCUAUGCCACCACGGCCAUCACAGCCUCCAUCCUACGUGAGGUAGCCUCCAGGUGUGGAGUGCCCCUUCAAGAUGUGGCUGUUCGUAACGACAGUGCUUGUGGCUCCACCAUUGGUCCAAUCAUUUCCGCUGAGCUUGGAGUGAGGACAGUGGAUAUUGGGACCCCUCAGCUGAGCAUGCACUCUAUCAGGGAGAUGUCCUGUACUAGCGGUGUGCACCAGGCGACUAUGCUCUAUAAGGAGUUCUACAAGAGCUUCCCUGAGAUUGAUGACUCCCUUACAGCAGCUUGAAAACAUUUAAUAUUGCUUUUAGCCUAUAAUUGAACUAUAAACUUUAUUGUUAUAAUGUUACGGCACAUUGUUCAGUUGCUCUGAUUAGCUAUUAUAGUCGUUUAAAACUAUUUGCUGCCUUUUGUAUAAAAAUGAAUAAUAAAAAUAAUACAGAUUAUGUUAA